UUCGAGUCUUCUUCCCUGUGUACAAUUUAAUAUAGGGGCUGAGCGAAGUAGCAGAGUCUUCCUGUGGGCUGCGCCAUCUCCGGAGGAACGAAGAAAGGAUUGCACGAGCUCAUGGAGGUGCCCAAAGCACAUCACCAGGCAAACAACAUGUAGCUCAACACUACUAAUUGUUGUUGAAAGUGUUGCUCUCUUUCUUUGUGAAUUAGCAUGUAGCUAUGGCGAGCAUUCCACCACCAGAAGUUGUGAGGGGGUGCCCAAAGGGAACAACAGCUGUCGCAGAAGCACUGCAGCAGGAGGAGAUGGUAAGGCCACCGGUACCGGAGCCAUCCCUCGAGUGCCCCGGAUGCGAGUCCAUCAACACCAACUUCUGCUACUACAACAACUACAGCCUCUCUCAGCCCAGGAACUUCUGCAAGGGCUGCAGGAGGCACUGGACCAAAGGAGGCUCUCUGAGGACCGUCCCCGUUGGAGGUGGCUGCAGAAACAACAAGAAGUCUUCUUCUUCUAGGGGGGCACGAGGGCAGCAGGCCUUCGACACCGACUCCACUCCGCCUCUCUGUAACGCUCUCCUACCCUCACUCCUGGCCAUAGCAAGUCUCCAGAAACAACAGAGUGCCCAUCAGGCUUUCCUUCUUGGAAACCCUACCCCUGAGCCCGGAUGGUCUGCAGGGUUCCCUGACAUACUGACGACUGCCUUUCUCGACGGCACCGGCGACCCAAGUGGCUUUCUUUACAGCAUCAACCGUGGUGGCUAUGGCGAUGCGGAUAGCAACGAGGAGGAGCAGCAGCUGCUUCUGCCCUUCCGUGGAGGAUUGGGCGGCGCAACCACGACAACUGCUGCAGCGUUUGAUGUAGAGGAUGAGGACGACAAGACGUUAAUCGGAUCAUUACUGCCAUAGUCGCAUCGACAGACGUGUUAAGCCAUGAAUCAAUGCGACUCCUUCUUUCAUGCUCCACGACACAUUAUUUUGUCCUCUUCACCACAUAUCCCACGCGAUUCGAAGGGGAAGGAGACAUGCAUCGACAGUAGUAGUGGGUCGUGGAAUCGGACACAGGACGAUGCACGAAACCUGAGCUUUCGGUGAAGUGACUUGGAAUCUUGCAGGGGGUAGACUCCAAGCAUAGCAAACAAGAAACGCUACACAGAUCCGAGUAUAUUUUGUCGGUCGGGUGCAAAUCUCCAU